UCUGCUUCCAAGGGUCUGGCUGGGCCUGGAUUGUGGUCAGAUGGCAGGAGAAGAGAACGUCAAGGAAGAGCUCAGAUCCCAGGAUGCUUCCAGCAACUUGAGCCAGCAUGAGGCAGCAGGGCAUCCACAUUCCUGGUCUCUGGAGAUGCUGUUACGCAGAUUGAGGACUGACCACACCAAGCAGGAUGACAAGUUUGCCAACCUCCUGGAUGCGGUGGGGGAGUUUGGCACAUUCCAGCAGAGGCUAGUGGUCCUCACCUUUAUCCCCAGCAUCAUGUCAGCCUUCUUCAUGUUUGCUGGCUACUUCGUGUUCACAGCCCAAAAGCCCUAUUGCAACACCAGCUGGAUCCUGGCAGUGGGCCCCAACCUGUCUGAAGCUGAGCAGCUGAAUCUGACCAUACCCCGAGGACCCAAUGGCAGUUUCCUGAUGUGCCUCAUGUACCUUCCUGUGCCUUGGAAUCUGGAUUCUAUCAUCCACUUUGGCCUCAAUGACACAGACAAAUGCCAAGAUGGGUGGAUCUAUCCUGACGCUAAGAAGAGAUCGCUGGUCAAUGAGUUUGACUUGGUAUGUGACGCGGAGACGAAGAAGGACACUGCACAUAUCAUGUUCAUGGCAGGAAUCCUGAUAGGCUCUCUCAUCUUCGGGCUCAUAACUGACAAGAUGGGCCGCUACCCUGCCAUCCUGCUGUCACUGCUGGGGCUGAUCAUCUUCGGCUUUGGGACAGCCUUCGUGAACAGCUUUCACCUGUAUUUGUUAUUUCGCUUUGGCAUCUCGCAGUCAGUGGUGGGCUACUCCAUCAGCAGCAUUUCUUUGGCCACUGAGUGGUUAGUGGGCGAGCACCGGGCCCACGCCAUUAUCCUGGAACACUGCUUUUUCGCUGUUGGGGCCAUGUUGCUGACGGGGAUCGCCUACAGUCUUCCCCACUGGCGGCUGCUGUUUCUGGUGGGUGGGGUACUUGCGGUCCCCCUCAUCUCCUAUAUCUGGAUUCUCCCGGAGUCCCCACGGUGGCUGAUGAUGAAAGGGAAGGUGAAGGAGGCCAAGCAGAUGCUGUGCUACGCUGCAAGUGUGAACAAGAAGACCAUUCCUUCAAAUCUGCUGGACGAGCUGCCCAGAAAGAAGGUGACUCAGGCCUCUGUCCUGGACUUCUGUAAGAAUAGGCAGCUCUGCAAGGUGAUCUUGGUGAUGAGCUGCGUGUGGUUUACCGUCAGUUACACCUAUUUUACGUUGAGCCUGAGAAUGAGAGAGCUGGGCGUGAGCGUCCACUUCAGACAUGUGGUCCCCAGCAUCAUGGAGGUGUCUGCCCGGCUGUGCUGCAUCUUUCUCCUCCAGCAGAUUGGGAGGAAGUGGAGCCUGGCUGUGACUCUCCUCCAAACCAUCAUCUGGUGCUUGCUUCUCCUUUUCCUCCCUGAAGGGGAGGAUGGCCUCAGACUCAGCUGGCCACGUUGUCCGGCCACAGGGCUGAAAUCCAUGACGAUCUUGGUGCUCACACUUGGAGAGUUCAGCCUGGCCGCCACUGUCACUGUGUUCUUCCUCUACACCGCCGAGCUCCUCCCCACUGUGCUCAGGGCGACAGGUCUGGGGCUGGUGUUUCUGGCCUCGGCGACUGGAGCCAUCUUGUCCUUGACAAUCAUCAACCAGACCCCCUCCUUCCUGCCCAUCUUUCUCUGCUGCGCCUUAGCCAUCGUGGCCUUUUCCCUCUCCUUCCUGCUACCGGAAACGCGAGAUCAGCCCCUCUUCGACAGCCUGGACCACUCCCCACAGAUGAGGAAUAAGGUUAAGGACAUGACGCCUGAGGAUACGUCAUCUGAUGAUAUGUCAUCUGAUGAUAUGUCUGAAGAAGCGGCCAAGAACGUCAUUCUCAAUGCCCAGAUCCUGAGAUUGGCCCCAUACCCUGUCUCCAAACCUGCCUAGGAUCAAUAAAGAGGAAGCAAACAUCCAGGCUCCCCGAGGCCCAGGCCCCCAGACCAUCUUGGGUUGGAAUUGAGUGGCCAAGUAUGGGGUCGUGGAUUCCAGGCCACAGAUUCCAGGCCCAGUUCAGUCUGUGGGGCAGGAUCAGUCCUGCUCCCGGACCAGCACUUGACAUUAAAAAAAAAUGGCCGCCCUUCUGCGGGAGCCCUGCUGUGAUUCAUUCCAAUAAAGGUACAAUGUUGGUCUUGA